UUAUCGUUCUUCAAAAAAUGGCGACUCGCUUCAGAUCUCUCUCAAAACCAACCUUCUCUAUCGUCAAAUCCACCAUUAACAGACCAACCCUUAAACCCAAACCUCCUUCUCCUCUACUUCCUGCUCGCUCCUCUACCACAUUCUCAAGGUCUGUUUCUCAAUUGGGUUGUCUUCAAUCUCUGUUACCUCUCCACUCAGCUGUGUCUUCAGCUCGGUUAACGUCGUGUCUGGGAAUCGAUUCGAGGAGCUCUAGGUCAUUGUCUCAGGGUAUGCUUUGCAGUGCAAACCCAGGAGUUUGAUUAUCUCCAAAAAUGUUUGUAAUUUUGUUUCCAACUAGGUCUCAGUGUGCCUCGAUAACAUAGCAAAACUGGAAGUACCACAUGAUGGAUCAGAGUCGUCUCUUUCCAUCUUAUGAUGAUGUCCAUUUGGAGAUUUAUUAUAUUUCAUAAGUAUUUCCUGUUCAAUAUUAGUCAAAGUUAAUUUUCGAGUCUUGGAUGCUGGAUAUAAGUUUAUACUGCAACAGGUCUAUUCACAGUUGCACAACUUUGGAAAUUCUUUAGAUUUCAGUUUUGGCAGUUGAUUGAAUUAGGUUUCUUUAAAUUAUAGAAUUGUUUUUUGCAGGUACCUCAUUUCUCUCGUGAC